GGCUCAUUCUUCUGCGCGUGCUCGGCGAGGUGGGAUGUCACGAGCGUCAUUGGCGACGUGGAGACGUAUACAGCACAGCAACUUACACUGUUAAACACACUUUACUGGAUAUUUAACAUCACUACAUACAACUCAUUUACUCGUACUAGUCCGAAGAUACAAAGGAGCCUGUGUUACGGAACGAGAGGGGCUUUUCUAAGGCGCUGUCAGCUCUGAAAUUUAACAGGUUUGUGUGCGUGGAGAUGAGGCGUUAAGACCGUCUCUGGGGGAUUCUGGGGCUGAUGAUGGGUGCAAACACCAGUCAGGUGAGCGACCUGUCGGAAAGCCAGAGCAUCCGCACUCUGAUUGGACCAGACGCCAUUUCAGAGAACGAGCCCUUUUGGAACCAGCUGAUCUCAUUCACCUUCACAAGCCCCACCUGCAGUGCUGAUGCUAAACUCCUGGAGGAGGCUGUCGUCCCGCUGGCCAAGACUCUGAUUGAGAAUAACCCCAGGUCCGGGAACUUCGGGGCGUUGGUGAGAGUUUUUCUCAGCAGAACCAAAGAGCUGAAGAUUUCCACAGAAUGCCAAGAUCAGUUGUUCAUCUGGCAGGCCCAUAAUGCUCUGUUCCUGGUGCGCUGUUUGCUGAAGGUCUUCAUCAGGGAGAUGAGUGAAGAAGAGCUGCAUCUACAGUUCUCCUACCAGGAGAGGGCGCCGGGAACAUAUGACUCCAUCAGCGAGGAUCUUCUGGAGGAGCUAGUCUGUAAUUUGGUGCAUCUCAUCGUAGAAGUACCGCUUCUUGACAUCACCUACAACAUCCUGUUUGAAGCUGUGACCACACUCCUGGUGCUGCUGUCCUAUCAGCUCUUCCACAAGGAGAUCCUCAGAGAAGGCCUUAUUUACAGAUACCUGACCAGAGGACGAUGUCUGUCUCUGACGAGUCGUCUGGUGAAGACAUUGCUCUAUAACUUCAUCAGACAGGAGAAAUGUCCUCCUGCUACACACGUCUUACAGACGCAGUCAGAAGGAGGAGGCUUACUGUAUGGAUUUGCAUCAGGAGUCGCCAGUGGUUUAUGGAGCGUGUUCACAUUGGGCGGAGCCGGCAGCAGGCCGGGGGCGGAGCAAGAGCAGAACCCUCUCCCGCUGUCCAGUCAGAGCCUGCUAUUACUGCUGGUUCUUGCCAAUCAGACGGAUGGCCCCGACUGCCCCAACCCUUAUCGCCAGGCUGUGACCUGCUUCAAAAACACUCAAGAUUCUUCAUCCAUGCCGUCUCCUCAGCCUCACACGUUUCAGAUCAACUUCAACAGUUUGUACACGGCUCUGUGCGAGCAGCAGAAAUCAGACCAGGUGACGUUACUCCUCUACACGCUUCUGCACCAAAACAGCAACAUGAGGACGUACAUACUGUCCCGCACGGACAUGGAGAACCUGGUGUUGCCGAUUCUUGAGAUCUUGUAUCACGUUGAGGAGAGAAACUCUCAUCAUGUGUACAUGGCCCUCAUCAUCCUCCUCAUCCUCACAGAGGAUGACACCUUCAACCGCUCCAUACAUGAAGUGCUGUUGAAGAACAUCUCGUGGUACACCGAACGUGUCCUAACAGAGAUCUCCCUAGGAAGUCUGCUAAUCCUGGUCGUCAUCCGAACCAUCCAAUUCAACAUGACCCGCACAAGGGAUAAAUACCUCCACACCAACUGCCUGGCUGCGCUUGCCAACAUGUCGGCACAGUUUCGAAACCUCCACCAGUACGCCGCCCAACGAAUCAUAAGUUUGUUUGCUCUGCUGUCAAAGAAGCACAAUAAGGUUUUGGAGCAGGCGACGCAGUCUUUACGAGGGCCUCUUGGAGACGAGGACAGGACCGUCCUGCCAGACUAUGCUCAGGAUCUGAACGUGAUCGAGGAGGUGAUCCGGAUGAUGCUGGAGAUCAUUAACUCAUGUCUGAGUAACUCUCUUCAUCACAACCCAAACCUGCUGUACGCACUGCUGUAUAAACGAGAGCUGUUCGAGCAGUUCAGGUCACAUCCCUCCUUCCAGGACAUCAUGCAGAACCUCGACACGGUGAUUGGAUUCUUCAGUCAGCGUUUGGAGCAGGCAGGAAGUGACCUGUCAGUGGAAAGAGUUCAAGAGGUCAUCAAGAAAGGAGCCGCGGCUUUACCUAAAGACCGGCUUAAG